AUGCGGCUCCUCAUCCUGCUCAUGUCGCUCUCCGCCCUGGCCAACGCGCAGUUCGGCUUCUUCGACCAAAUGUUUGGCGGGCAUGACGCCCACGAGCAGCACCACCAGCAUCAGCAGCGGAACAACCCCAGCGACGCAGGACACUACAGAUCACAAUUUGAACAAUCCUACUGCGACAACUACCUCUGCCCCGAUACCCUCGCCUGUGUGCACUUCCCGCACCACUGCCCCUGCGCAUGGGGCGCCCACGAGGAGAAAUUUGAGCUGGGCGAGGGGAAGAAAGUCUGCGUGUCAAAGGGCGGGUUCAAGCCUGGCGAGGCGGCGAGAAAGAUUGAGCUUGCGCGCAAGGGGUUACUAUGA